UUUUGGCUAUAGGUAUUGUACUGCAGUAGUUGUAUUCAAGUAGUAUAUUAUAUUAUACCAGCAGCUGCCUUCUACCGGUUUCCACGUGUAUAAAUGCUCUUUUGAAUCGUGGUCUUGGAAUAAUAAUAAUAAUAAUCGUGUGUUUAUAUAAUGCGAUACCGUGGUAUCACGCGAUUUUUCUCAAAGAUGUGAUAAAAAAAAAAUUAAUCCAGGAUCAUCGCGUUAAAGCAAACAACGAUAAUAAUAAUUAUAACGACUGUUAUAAAACAUAAAUAAAUGUGUUCGAUUUAAUCAGCCGAGUUGUAACAUCGAUGCCGUCUAUUAUAAUAAUACUGUAAUUUAAUACGAUUAUUUAUUUUAACUCUUGCCUAAUUAAAUUUCAUUAGUAAUUACUGCAGUAGGUAAUAAUAUAAGCCGUAACGGGAUGGAGCCGCCUGUAAAGAAAUUGAAAUCUCCAAAAUCUGUUUGGUUUAUCGUAUGUGAUGAGCUUUGUGAAAGAUUCAACUACUAUGGACUUAGAACUAUUCUAGUGUUAUACCUGACAACGAUAUUAAAUUAUUCCGACGAUGAUUCGACAAUGAUCUAUCAUGGUUUUGUAUUUUUAUCAUAUUUUAUGCCAAUGUUUGGUGCUAUAUUGGCCGACUCUUACUGGGGAAAAUAUAAAACUAUAAUACGAUUGUCAAUGGUUUACGCACUGGGAAAUAUCAUCCUCACUGGAGCUUCGAUGGCCAACAAUUUCACUCUUGAUAAUCAAAGAUUGAUUGCCAUCAUCGGUUUAAUAUUUAUUGCGAUGGGAACAGGUGGUAUAAAACCAUGCGCUUACACAUUCGGCGGCGAUCAGUUUCAAUUGCCGGAGCAACAACAUCAACUUGACCAAUUUUUCAGAAGAUUUAUAAAUUCCAUUUACAUUGGAGCAUCGAUAUCUACAUUUUUAGCACCUGAGCUACGAAAAAGCGCGCAGUGCUUCGGCAGAGAUACGUGUUUUCCACUAGCAUUCGGCGUACUAUCACUCCUCAUGAUAACGGCGAUAGUUAUUUUUAUACUCGGAAGAAACUUGUACGUGAAGAGGAAACCGGAGAAUCACAUUAUCUUCAAAACCUUCGGGUGCAUAUUUUACGCUGCUCGCAAAAAAAUAGUUUCGUUGACUUCUAACAAGGACCGCUCGUUAGAUGUCACUGGCAACAAGUACUCGAAAAUAGAAAUAUCCGACACGAAUGCGGCGCUGGAAGUGUUAUACAUAUUCAUCGCCUAUCCGGUAUUUUGGGCGCUUUACGAACAACAGGGUUCGCGGUGGACGUUGCAAGCGACGUUGAUGGACGGUAAAGUAAAAGACAUCGGUUGGGAAAUCAAACCCGACCAGAUGCAAACUAUUCAUCCCGUGUUGGCAUUCUUGUUGACCUUGUCAUUCGAUCGCAUCCUGUUUCCGUUCCUGGCAAAGUUCGGCAUCCGGCGGCCACUGCAAAAGCUCAUAUUCAGCAAUUUCAUGGCAGUACUCGCCUUUCUGAUGGCCGCUGUUAUCCAGUAUAAAAUAUUCGGAGAAAGUACUGUUAUACCAACUACCGAAGGACAGUUUGUAGUAUACAAUGGCUUCAAUUGUAACGCUCGUAUGUUAAACUCAUCACCGUGGGUGGACACCAACGAUAUCGAUCCAUUGGGCUCAAUUAAAUUCAAGUAUAAACUGGAUUCCGACGAAGACAUCGUGAACAUACAAAUGAAAUUGGACGAACCGUGUAAUUCGUACUUAAACUAUGACGAUCUGAACACUAACGUAACUGUAUCCAGAGGAGAGUCAAUCUCAUAUUUCUUAACGUCCACUGCGAAUAAAGAAAUCAAAUUACGUCGUAUUAAUCAUUACGAUGAUUUCAUAAAGCCUAAGAAUGGUCAUCCAAGUUUAAGAAUCAUAACCGACGAUAAUUUCAUGAAGGACGAAUCUCUUGCUCUCGUGACCACCAGGAAAAACCAUUUAUCGUACAACAUUUCUUCAUUUUCGAACGAAAAUUUUAUACAGAUGUCUUCUGGAAACUAUAGUUUUGUACACGGAGAAAAAGUUAUUUCGAAUAUAACUCUUAUGCCAGCGACCAUAUAUACACUCGUCAUACGUAACAACGAUAGCUACGGCCCGGAAUCGAAAUUGUACGCUACAGACGAGGGCAACUAUUUGCACAUUUUAUGGCAGACACCGCAAUACUUAUUUAUGAUUCUCGCGGAUGUGAUUUUCGUUGCCACGACGAUUGAAUUUUCGUUUACUGAAGCUCCGCUCAGAAUAAAAUCAUUCAUAUCGGCGUGUUACGCAAUGACUCAAUCUAUCGGAAAUCUAGUAGUCGUCAUUAUUUCAGCAUUGUCCUUUCACAAACAAGUACACGAAUAUCUAUUUUUCUCCGGUCUUAUGCUAGCAAAUGCGUUGUUAUUAACUUAUUUGAGUUGUAAUUACAAAUACAAAUCAUUUAGACAACGGCUAACCGAAAACAAAGACAGCGAAGAAGAUUUAACAACAAAUCAAAAUGAACUUCAACUCGGUGUGAAAUAAUCAUUAAAUUAUCUACACAUAUGUUGUCUAAUCGUAUACAAGGUUUGAUUUAAUCUAAUUAAAUUCCUUCGUUAACAAC